AUGUCGGAUUACGGAGGCGAUGAUGAUGCAGGACUGGAUGCUGGCGACGACUUUGAUACCUAUGACCCAGAAGAACCGCCCGAGGACUUCGGACCAGAUGUUGAUGAAACUGCGCUGGAGGAAGAGGUGGCAGCACGAGAAGCACAGCAUGGCGAUACGCAAAACAAAACCGUAGUGACUGGUGACGCGAGUGCCGGUCAGAAGAAGCCCACGAGCGAAAAUGAUAAAAAGAUCCCCGAUGACAAACGAUCGACUACACCAUACAUGACCAAAUAUGAGAGGGCCAGGGUGCUCGGAACAAGAGCGUUACAAAUAAGCCGUAAUGCGCCUACGCUGGUCGAUCUUGAAGGAGAGACAGAUCCUCUACAGAUUGCGAUCAAGGAACUCAAUCAGAAGAAGAUGCCCUUGAUAGUACGACGGUAUUUACCAGACGGAUGGUAUGAGGAUUGGACUUGUGAAGAAUUGUUAUGA